CCACCCACUCCAGGCAAGUAUAUAGAGCAGUGCCAGCAAUAAUGCCGUAAAACUUACCUGUGCCUUGCGUUAUUUGGCGUCCAGCACACAGACGACACACAUAAGGUAAGGCAUUAUCGGGCCAGGUGGCUGUGGUUGUCGGCGCUUCGGUCGGUAUAGGCGCCGCUAUUUGUAAGGAACUGAGCAAAGCGGGCGCACGUGUUGUCAUGGGAGCCAGGAGGACUGAGAAAAUGGAGGAGGUGAAAACGGCCAUAGAGAAAGAUGGCGGACAAGCCGUCCAUCGUAAAACUGAUGUCACUGUCAGGGAAGAGGUAAUAGAUCUGGUGAAGUUCGCGGAAACCACAUUCGGCCCGGUGGACAUCUUUGUCCACAAUGUUGGAGUGUUUUAUUACUCGCUGAUGAAGAACCUACACCUGGACGAGUGGGAUAAGCUGGUGGACGUUAACUGUAAGGGAUUUCUGAAUGGUAUUGCCGCCAUCCUCGAUUCAAUGGUAAAGCGAAAAAGGGGACAUAUUCUUAUUAUUUCCUCCGACAGUGGCAAAAAGAGUGACCCAGGCUGCUCGGUGUAUACGGGCAGUAAAUUCUUUGUGGAGGGCGUGGUCCGGGGUCUUCGGAGGGAGGUCAGCACGCACAAUGUCCGCGUGACAAGCAUACAGCCCGGCGAGGUGGACACCGAGAUAUUUACUUACAGCAAAACUGACCCUGAGGCUGAAGAGUUGUAUGGCUCGUUUCCACCAAACUUCAAAAUUUUGGAGCCGAUAGAUGUGGCUAAAGCUGUGGUGUACGCGGUCUCUCAACCAGAUCACGUAGCCGUCAAUGAGUUACUGAUCCAACCCAAGGAUGCCCCGAUAAUUUACUGAGAUGCUCUUACCGGGUAUAGGGCAAAAAGUCACAGAAGUAUCAUAUUCCUGUAGUACGCCUGAGAUCAGUUAAUGAUCAUGUAAUUAGUUAAUGCGACACUCUGCUUGAGAUACUCCCUGGUUUUUGUCACUGUUAUUUAAGACACGUCAUUUUUUAAAUUUUUUACUGUAAGAAAUAUGUCACUUUGUGAAUAAUAUAUGUGAAUGACGGACACGUCCUCAUUAAGUGACAUCCGUAACAUACAGCUCAGCAUAUGCAUGAGCGGCAUAAACCCGUGUCCCACAGUUUGUGUUUGAUUACAGUUCAUACUUAAUUCAUAUUAGUAAAUUGCUGUUAUAGCAACGCAAUGUAGGUAACUCUCUGGUUUAAGUGGAGUUAAAUUCCAUGCUGUUCAUCGAUCUUUAGAGUGGACACACUUUAUGAGGAUUGCCAAAACUAGCUCAUCAUGAGAAGUGAAAGAAGCAGGAGUCUUUGAGAGGAGUUGAUUAGGUUAUUAGAAUCAAGCGCUGAAAUGUUUGUUCUGAUUGUUUCAUAUUCCACAGAAGAGUGUAUUAGAUUCUAUGUACGGAAUUGAAUACAACGGAAUGGUCGGGAUCAUUGACGUAGAAUGUGACUCCGGCCGUAAGUGGGAAGG